UUUCUCUUACAGGCUGCUGAAUCAGGAAUAAUAAAAGUGAAGACAAUAGCUGCACGGAACACUGAUAUUUUGGCAGCAUUGAAAGAGAACAGCUCAGAGGUAGUUCAGCCUUUUCUAAUGGGUUGUGGAACAAAGGAACCAAAGAUCACUCAGCUGUGUCUAGCAGCCAUACAGAGGCUCAUGUCCCAUGAAGUUGUUUCAGAGGCUGCAGCAGGAAACAUUAUUAAUAUGCUUUGGCAACUGAUGGAAAAUAGUCUUGAAGAACUUAAAUUGCUCCAGACAGUUCUUGUACUUUUAACAACCAAUACAGUUGUGCAUGAUGAUGCACUGUCCAAGGCAAUUGUACUUUGUUUUCGAUUGCACUUUACAAAAGAUAACAUCACAAAUAACACUGCGGCAGCUACAGUGCGGCAGGUAGUUACUGUUGUAUUUGAGAGAGUGGUUGCUGAAGAUGAACGAUACAAAGAUACUAUUGACCAGCCAGUUGCAGUUCAAGGAAACAGUAACAGAAGAUCUGUCAGUACACUGAAGCCAUGUGCUAAAGAUGCAUACAUGCUUUUUCAGGAUCUUUGUCAGUUAGUUAAUGCUGAUGCUCCCUACUGGCUCGUGGGUAUGACAGAAAUGACACGGACAUUUGGCCUUGAACUUCUUGAGUCAGUCCUCAAUGACUUUCCACAAGUCUUUUUACAACAUCAGGAAUUCAGUUUUCUUCUUAAAGAAAGGGUAUGCCCUCUUGUUAUAAAGCUCUUCUCCCCAAAUAUCAAAUUCAGGCAAGGUUCCAGCACGUCAUCUUCCCCAGCACCAGUGGAAAAACCAUACUUCCCCAUCUGUAUGCGUUUGCUGAGGGUAGUUUCUGUUUUGAUUAAGCAGUUUUACCGUUUGCUGGUAACAGAAUGUGAAAUCUUUCUGUCAUUGCUGGUUAAGUUUCUGGAUGCAGACAAACCACAGUGGCUAAGAGCUGUUGCGGUAGAAUCUAUUCACAGGCUUUGUGUGCAGCCUCAGCUUUUAAGGUCCUUUUGUCAAUCGUAUGAUAUGAAGCAACAUUCCACUAAAGUUUUCCGUGAUAUUGUGAAUGCACUGGGGUCCUUCAUCCAAUCGCUGUUUCUUGUACCAAGUACAGGGAACGCAUCAGCAACACCAAACCAAACUGGAAGCAAUGCAUCGGGGAAUACUGGCUCAGCACAAACUAACCCAGGAGUGCUUGGAAUGGGAGGAGGUGCAACUGUAUUACCUGCCUUUGAGUAUAGAGGCACUUGGAUUCCUAUCCUGAAUGUAACAGUACAAGGCAGUGCUAAAGCUACCUAUUUGGAAAUGCUGGACAAAGUAGAGCCACCUACGAUUCCCGAAGGCUACGCCAUGUCGGUGGCAUUUCACUGUUUACUGGAUCUUGUCCGUGGUAUCACUACCAUGAUCGAAGGAGAGUUGGGAGAGGCAGAAACAGUCAGUCAAACCACAACAGACACAACUUCAUUACCAGCACAGUCUUCAGAGCAGCAAGACUUGCAGUCUGCAUCUGACCAAUCAGAGCAAGAACUAGUUAGCAGAGCUGUCUGGGAAGAAAUGGUGAAUGCUUGUUGGUGUGGUCUUCUGGCUGCUUUAUCCCUCCUACUUGAUGCAAGUACUGAUGAAGCUGCCACUGAAAAUAUUCUAAAAGCAGAAUUGACAAUGGCUGCACUUUGUGGAAGACUGGGUCUUGUAACAUCAAGAGAUGCCUUUAUCACUGCCAUUUGCAAAGGAUCCUUGCCCCCUCACUAUGCCCUUACUGUAUUAAACAGCACAACUGCAGCUCUGUCCAGCAAAUCAUAUUCCAUUCAGGGACAGAAUGUUCAAAUGAUCAGUCCCUCGAGCGAGUCUCAUCAGCAAGUUGUAGCAGUAGGGCAACCCUUAGCUCUUCAGCCACAGGGAACAGUAAUG